AUGAUUUCUGCAUCCAUACGUACAUUGAGAACGCUGAGAUUGGCUAUUCAAUCAGUAACAAAGAGAAGCUAUGCUGUCUCAUCAAAAGCGCAAGCUUUGUUAUCAAAACCAGUCCAAGAAGUUGAUCCUGAAAUGGCCGACAUUUUGAACCAAGAGAAGGUCAGACAGAAGAACUCAAUCACCUUAAUCCCUUCAGAAAAUUUCACUUCAAAAGCAGUGAUGGACUUGUUGGGAUCUGAAAUGCAAAAUAAAUACUCAGAAGGUUAUCCAGGAGAAAGAUAUUACGGAGGUAACGAAAUCAUUGACAAGGCUGAAUCAUUGUGCCAAAAGAGAGCAUUAGAAGCGUUCAAUUUAAACCCGGAGGAAUGGGGAGUCAACGUACAACCCUUGUCCGGUGCUCCAGCUAACUUAUAUGCUUAUUCGGCCAUCUUGGAUGUUGGUGACAGAAUUAUGGGAUUGGACUUGCCCCAUGGAGGUCACUUGUCGCAUGGUUACCAAACCAACACUACAAAGAUUUCGUUUGUAUCGAAAUACUUUCAAACCAUGCCAUACAGAUUGAAUGAAGAAACCGGUGUCAUCGAUUACGAUACAUUGGAGAAGAAUGCUGAGCUUUUCAGACCAAAAGUCAUCGUUGCCGGAGCUUCUGCGUAUUCGAGAGUUAUUGACUACAAGAGAAUGAAGCAAAUUGCCGACAAAGUUGGUGCUUAUUUGUUGUCCGACAUGGCCCACAUUUCAGGUCUUGUUUCUGCUGGGGUCACUGAUUCACCAUUCCCAUACUCAGAUAUCGUCACCACUACCACCCACAAAUCCUUGAGAGGACCAAGGGGAUCAAUGAUCUUUUUCAGAAAAGGUAUCAGAAAAGUAACCAAGAAGGGAAAAGAAAUUCCAUACGAUUUGGAGAGAAAGAUUAACUUUUCUGUUUUCCCAGGACAUCAAGGUGGUCCACAUAAUCAUACCAUUUCUGCUUUAGCUGUCGCCUUGAAGCAAUGUACCGAGCCAGAGUACAAACAAUACCAACAGGAAGUUGUCGAUAAUGCAAAACAUUUUGCUGAUGCGUUGGAAUCAAAGGGAUUCCAAUUAGUCUCAGGUGGUACAGAUACCCAUUUGAUCUUGCUUAAUUUGAACUCAAAGAAUAUUGAUGGCGCUAGACUUGAAGCAGUGUUAGAAAGAGCCAAUAUAGCAGCAAACAAAAACACCAUUCCUGGUGACAAGAGUGCUCUUUUCCCAUCAGGAUUAAGAGUUGGUACACCAGCAAUGACCACCAGAGGAUUUGGAUUUGAUGAAUUUUCAAAAGUUGCUGAUUUCAUUGAACAAGCUGUGACUAUCGCUGUUGAUUUAAAAAGCAAGGAGCAAGGAAAGGUGCCAAAAGAAUUGUUGGCAAGUUUUAAAUCCUUAGCAGAUGAAAGUAAGGAGGUUAAGGAGUUGGGUGAUGAAGUUGCGAAAUGGGCUAGUCAAUAUCCAGUCCCAGGAGAUUUGUAG